AUGGCCGGUGCAGAUCCAAUGGAAGAGGCGAAACAGUCUCUCGUGCAACGAGCCAAGGCAUGGGGAGAAAACCCGUUCCCUCCUACCCUCCUCGCCUCUCUCAUCACAGCGCAACACAUGCGUCCCUUCCAGUUCUUGCCAAUGCUAUUUCCCCCGGUCCUCCUAUUCACAAGCUAUGCGAAUAUCCAGGGCUUCAAGACAGACAGCGCGGGGAUCAGCGCCGCCUGGUCGGGCCUCUAUCUUCUGCUUGCAGGUCGGCGACGACAGCCAUUGAUGAAGAAAUGGGGCGCGCGGGGGAUUGUUCGCGGCACGACCAUGGGUCUUUGUCUGGCCAACAUGGCGGGCGGUGGGUUGGCUUAUACCCUGGGGAAGAGAGAAGAUCGCGAUGAGUGA